AUGGUUAACCCCACCGUGUUCGACAUCGCUGUCGACGGCAAGCCCUUGGGCCGCGUCUCCUUCGAGCCGUUUGCAGACAAGGUUCCAAAGGCAGCAGAAAACUUUAGUGCUCUGAGCAAUGUAGAGAAAAGAUUUGGUUAUAAAGGUUCCUGCUUUCACAGAAUUAUUCCAGGGUUUAUGUGUCAGGGUGGUGACUUCACAUGCCAUAAUGGCACGGGUGGCAAGUAUACCUACGGGGAGAAAUUUGAUGACGAGAGCUUCGUCCUAAAGCAUAUACAUCCUGGCAUCUUGUCCAUGGCAAAUGCUGGACCCAACACAAAUGGUUCCCAGUUUUUCAUCUGCACUGCCAAGACUGAGUGGCUGGAUGGCAAUCCUGUGGUCUUUGGCAAGGUCAAAGAAGGCAUGAAUAUUGUGGAGGCCAUGGGGCACUUUGGGUCCGAGAAUGGCAAGACCAGCAAGAAGAUCAGCAUUGCUGACUGUGGACAACUCUAA